AUGACAACAUCUAAAAAUAACGCGGCCACUCUCACCUACACAGUAGCCCCCCACCCAUUCUCCUACAAGAAUGUCUUUGAGGCCCUUCUCUCCUUCACCCCUCCAACUUCAGGCGGUAGAGAAAAAAGUAAGGGUUGGUGGAGUGCCUUCUGGGAUGGAGCCGAACAGCGGCGGAUAAAAAUUUCUGUAGGGAACUUCACGGAGAAAUUCUCAAGACAAUUGGAGUUGGCGAAUAGUUAUGUGGUGGUGAGUGCGAAUUGUUCACUUCUCUCAGAGGGAAAGCCCGUGAGUGGUGUGGUUUGGGCAACAUCUCAUGGUCUCUAUUUUAGAAGUUUUGCACUUGAUAAUAGUAAAGAGAAUAAUAAUAAUAAUAGUAAUGAGAGAAGUAUAUCCUCUUCUUCUUACUCUCAUUUAAAUCCUGGAAACUCUGAGGAAUUAGACAGUGAAGAUGAAAAUAAUAAUAAAGGGAUGGAUGUCUGGGGUGAUGAUGCUUCCGCUAUUCGAGAGUUUAUUCCUUUUAGAGAUAUUGUUGCCCUUCUUCCUUCAUUAGUUCUCCCAACAAGGGAGGAGGCUCCACCGUAUGUAAUGGGAAUACCAAAUGCUAUUGUCACUCCAAACGCUAUACAAGUUUUUACAGUCUCACCAAAGCAAAUAUUUCAGUUUGUUUAUAUACGAAAAGUUACAGUUGUUCCACCGUCUUCUUCUAAAUCUGGAAGAGAAGAGAUGGGGAGUUUGCCAAUACUGCGUCAACACGAAUAUGAUGUGAUGAAGAAAUUUCAUAGUAGUCUUGAUGCAUUGGUUUUUUGCGUCUUAGCUGAACGACUAUGGGAAGCACGAUUAGAAGAACUGAAAAUACCACUUCUUCGUGAUGGUGUAAAUUACGCUUCUCCUCAUUGA